AUGCCCAGGGAUGGUGAGGCUGAUGCCACACUGACCAUUGUCAAGGCCGAGGCUAAGUCAGAAUCAAGGCCUCCGAAAAUCCAAUGGGAUUCCAAUGAACGCUGGACUUACCGCUUGAUUGAUUACCUCUCAAAUAACUUGGAUGUUCGACUGAAGAUGUUCAGUGACUCAGUAAAGGAUGCAAAGAAGCAGUCUCGUAAAAAAGUGAGUAUUCCGACAUUUCACGGACAGCUUAUUGUUCACCGUUACCUAGGUUGUUGGUAG